AUGGACGACCACAUUCGAAUCGCGAGUCUCGACCAGAGCCCGCUGAGAUACCCGACCACCACCGCUCGUCCUCUAACCCGACACAAGACGAGCCUCGCUCUGACGGAAUUGGCAAGUCCACGAUCGCUCGCGCGCUCUGGAUACCAGACACCGCGUGCCGAGCGGGUAGAGGAUCCGUUCAGCCUCGGAGGGUUCUUCCCUCCCCGCCUCGCUGGCACGGACACUCCGAGGACGGAAUGGAGCUGGUUGAGAGGGGAUGAGAUGGACGCGACAGAGCUGCAACUAGGACACAGUGAUGAACGGUUAGAACUCGAGCAGUUUCCGACAUUUGACAAAGCGGAGGACGAGGAGACUGGGCGGGUGAUCCGCCAUGAAGACAAGCUGGGUGUGCUGUCGCUGCGCUCUGUUUUCUCAUCGAGCGAAGCGGUAUUCUCAUCAGCGUACGACGACCAUCUAUCAACGUCUUAUUCGGAUGAUCUUCCUGAAGACAGCGACGCGUUGUACAACGCAUAUUGUGAUCUGCGCCGGGCGCACACGCUAAAGAUAAUAGCAGACGAAACAAAAGCAGCGAAUGGUUCUGGGGGAUUGUUCUCUCCUGCGGCGGACUCACUGGACGAGACGUCGUAA